AUGUCGUCUGGCUCAGAUUCUCAGAACCAAAGCUACAGCCUAGGCAAAGAUUCGCCGGUAAGUUCUUUCUCCUCUUCUUCAUUUUCUAGUUCACCACCACCUAGCCCUAGGAAAUCAACCUCCGUCCCUACCCAAUCGAAAGCCUCUUAUGGCGACGCUACCUCUGCUCAGCGUCUGGCUACCCCUACACCUCCUUCCACCUCCAUGAAAGCUUUGGCCAAGAGCUCCAAGAAACCUGUAAACCCUCCGGCCAAAACUUCUCUGCCUAGGGCUAAAACCCCACAAAAACCUAAGUCUGCCCCUAAACCAAGGGUAAAGACACCAGCCAAGACCAGGACGCGUCCGUCAUUUAUGGCCGUGUCCAAACCUUAUACCAAGCUUGCCUUACCACCAUUUAUCCCAAACAUAACCUUGGUGGGUGCAAAACACAAUGAACCCCUUCCUACCUAUGCCCAUACCGCACCAUCUUCAGCGGUGCGUUCACCUCCCGUUCUAUCCAUUGAACCCUUAGCCACAAUUUACCCGGUGGAAUCAGACACGUCUAACCAGCCAUCACCGUCAACCAUUCUAAUAUCCUCUCCGGGGACGCCUCACACCUCUGUGGGCACCCCACCAUUCACUCCACCUAUACCAACCUCUGACAGUCCUGCGUCAGAGCAUAACCUUGAAGAUUUGGCAGAGUCAGCAAGACGUGAUGAAGAGGAAGUAUUUGGAGCUAUUCUAGCAUCACUCAACCAAGAGCAAGAAGCAACUCAAGUGAUGCAUUCAGAUCCACCAAACGCAUCACUCGAGUUGGACGAAACAAAAAGAUAUGCAGCGAUGCUAGAAGAAGAGAUGAAAAAUGAAGAAGAGAUGGAGAAUGAAGAAACGGAAGAGAAUGAAGGAAAAGAAGAAGAAAAUAGAGAAAGGAAAGUUGGCCCCGACGCGUCGCAGCCACGCCCAUAUGACGCGAAUGAAGGGCCUAUAAAAUCAAAGAGAGUAUCAAGGAAGAGAAGGUUGAUACUGGAGGAAGAAGAAGAAGUUGCACCUGGACCUGAGGGUGCAACGCGUAAAAAAAGGCACAGCGCAUUGGAAAAUGAAUUGGAAGAAUAUGCGCCUGCGAGACAAAGGCGAAGGAAAACCAAUCUCCAAAAGAAGUUGGAGAAUGAGUUUAGAGACUUGGCUAAAGAAGCAAGAGAAAACGUGCAGGGAAACGCGAGGUAA